AUGUCUGAGCGAAAGGUCUUGACCAAAUACUACCCUCCCGACUUCGACCCGUCGGCGAUCGGGCGCACGCCCAAGCAUCUCCGACAGAAGGGCCCGAAAGUCAUCACCGUCCGUCUGAUGGCCCCGUUCCCAAUGAAAUGCACCAACUGCGGCGAAUACAUCUACCGAGGGCGCAAAUUCAACGCGCGCAAACAAACACUCGAAGAAAAGUACCUCAAUAUUCCGAUCUACCGCUUCUACAUCCGGUGCACACGAUGCAGCGGCGAAAUCACAUUCCGCACGGACCCGAAGAACAUGGACUACGAAUGCGAAAAGGGUGCCAAGCGGAACUUCGAGCCGUGGCGAGACUCCAAGGAUAACAAAUACAACGAGACCGAGGAGCAGACGCUCGACCGCCUGGAGCGCGAGGAGGGUGAAGAGCAGGAACAGCUUGAGCGCGACAAGAUGGCUGAGCUGGAGGAGAAGAUGAAGGACUCCAAGCGAGAGAUGGCUAUCGCGGAUGCACUGGAUGAGAUACGCACGCGCAAUGCGCGCAUUGAGCGGAACGAGACGAAGAGUGACGAUGUGGCUUUGAACUUUGUCCGAGACGAGGUGGAUGAGGCCAAGCUACAGCAGGAAAAGGAGGAUGAGGAGGCAGCGCGACAGGCUUUUAUGACUUCUACCGGAGAAAGAGUCAAGCGCAUUGUUGAGGAGGAAGAGCCAGCUGCUUCGGCUGGACCGUCGGCAUCGAAGCCCUCCUCAGUUCUAAUGCCACCGCCAUCGACUUCGUUUGCACGAGUCAAGAAGCCGAAGAAGCCUGCUGCUACUAGUCUUGGAAUCAAGAAGAAGCCGUCUCUGGUUUGA